AUGCUGAGAGUUCCCGCCAUUUUUCAAAACAUUGGAAUCUCACACUUUCCAAUUUCACUCUCUGAUUUCCACAAAAACCUUACAAGCUUCUCCAAAUGCUUGGUGGGUUUGAUGACUUACACCAAAUUGACCACCUCAUCUUACAAGUCACUGCUCUCUGAUCACUUAAGGAACCAAAAACUCAACGAAGCUCGUCUAGUUUUCAAUGAAAUCCCUUUUCCGAGUGUUAGUUUGUACACCAUGAUGAUUACGGGCUAUUCGAGACAACAUAGGCUUGAUGAUGCUCUGAAACUGUUCUACGAAAUGCCUGUGAAAGAUACAGUGUGUUGGAAUUCAAUGAUGAAAGGGUGUUUGGAUUGUGGGGAUUUAAGUAAGGCUAAGGAGCUUUUUGAUGGAAUGCCUGGAAAGAGUGUGGUUUCUUGGACGACGAUUAUGAAUGGGUUCUUGCAGUUUGGUGAAGUUCAGAUGGCAGAGCGCUUGUUCCGCAAGAUGCCGGUGAGGGAUAUGGCUGUGUGGAAUUCAAUGGUUCAUGGAUACUUUAGUAAUGGACGAGUGGAAGAUGCUAAAAACUUGUUUAAGCUAAUGCCUUGUAAGAAUGUGAUUUCGUGGACUUCGAUGAUUGCCGGGCUUGACCAGAAUGGGAGGACGGAUGAAGCCUUGGUACUAUUUUGGGAGAUGAUGGGUUCUGGUGUACAGCCCACUUUGACCACAUUUGUCUCUGUGGUGACAGCUUGUGCAAAUUUGUUGCGUUUACAUUUAGGUGUUCAGAUUCAUGGUCAGAUUGUCAAGUUAGGGUACUGCUUUGACGAGUUUGUAGCUGCUUCACUUAUAACACUCUAUGCGAACUGCAAGCAAAUGGAGAAUUCUUACAAGGUUUUCAAGGAGAGUUUACAUAAAAAUGUGGUAGUAUGGACAGCUCUUUUAACAGGAUAUGGUUUGAAUUGUGAACACGAAGAAGCGUUAAAGGUUUUCAGGGACAUGAUGAAAUUGGGUGUCCUUCCAAAUCAGUCUUCUUUCACUAGUGCUUUGAAUUCAUGUUGUGGAUUAGAAGAUCUUGAUAGGGGCAAGGAGAUUCAUACAACAGCUAUUAAGCUAGGUUUUGAAAAUGAUGUCUUUGUCGGCAAUUCUCUUAUUGUCUUGCAUACCAAGUGUGGAAAUAUAAAUGAUGGAGUUGCUAUAUUUAAGAGAAUUGGUGACAAGAAUAUUGUAUCAUGGAACUCAACGAUAGUUGGAUGUGCACAACAUGGUUGUGGCAUGUGGGCUUUGACUCUCUUUAACCAAAUGAUACGUACAGGUGUCAAUCCAGAUGAAAUUACAUUCACAGGGUUGCUUUCUGCAUGUAGCCAUUCUGGGAUGUUGCAGAAAGCAAGACGCUUUUUCAAGUUUUUCUCGCAGCAUAAGUGUGUUGAGGUGAAACUUGAGCACUAUGCAUGUAUGGUGGAUGUCUUAGGACGAUGUGGUAAGUUGGAGGAAGCAGAGGAGCUGAUAAAGAACAUGCCUGUGCAAGCCAAUAAGAUGGUGUGGCUAACUCUACUUAGUGCUUGUCAGAUGCAUUCCAAUUUGGAUGUGGCUGAAAGAGCUGCAAAAAGCAUUGACGAUUUAGAACCGGACUGUAGUGAUGCUUUUGUUAUGCUAUCUAAUUUAUAUGCUUCUGCAAAUAGAUGGAGUGAUGUCGCCAGAAUUCGAGAGAAGAUGAAACAUAGUGGAACUGUAAGACAACCUGGUUCCAGCUGGGUCACUUAAGGACUGAGGCAUGAAUUUCUUUCUGGAGAUAGGUUGAACCUACUUAGCGAGCAAAUUCAUCAAAAACUGGAUUGGUUACAAGGCAAAUCAAAGAAACUUGGUUUCGUUCCUGAUCAACAGUUUGCAUUUCAGGAUGUUGAGGCUGAACAAAAGGAAGAGAUGUUGUCUUACCACAGAAAGAGAUUGUGAUCUAUGAAAGGAGAUCAAAAAUGGUUUGAGUGGGUUUUGGCAGACCAGUUGAGAGCUAGUGAAGAUAUUAACCAAAGAUACUUGGAUGAAAGACUGCCACUUGUGCUUUCAAACAAUUUUCUUUACCGAACCAUCUUUCUUUGCAUGUUUUGCUUCUCUAAUAUUGCAGAGAGUAA